AUGCCGGACGAUGACGUGCGCGUGGAAUCGUAUCGGGUGCCUAAGAUCCCGCCCUUCUGGCGGCAGGCCCCGGAAGAUUGGUUUUUACGUGUCGAAGCGUCUUUCAGAAACGCGAAUAUAACCGUCGAUAGUACCAAAGUCGACUACCUUAUCGCAAGCCUCGAUCCAGAGGUUAUAUCGCAUAUCCGAGAUUUGAUUCAGGAGGACCCGCUUCCUGCUAACCUAUACAAAGCGCUCAAAGACCGGGUUCUCGCGACAUUCGCGGUCUCACCGGAGGCCCGUUUACGGCAGUUACUAAAAGGUCAGGUUCUGGGGGACCGGAGACCCUCGCAUUUGCUGAGUCAAAUGAACCAGCUCAACGGUGGGCAAUGUAGCCCUGCCGUGCUAAAGUCACUUUUUAUUGAGUUAUUGCCCGAAGCUCACAAGACCAUUCUGGUCGCAAUGAACGAACCUGACCUGCAAAAACUCGCGGGAAUUGCGGACAAACUCGCGGAUAUCAAUACUCCCAGUACCGCAGUCGCCGUAGUCGCGCCUAAAGAAUCUAAGGGCACUCGUACUAAAGCUCCUUUGAGCACUGACGAACGGAUCAAUAAGCUCUCGAAGCAGAUCCAGUCUUUGAGCACUUCGGUCGCGAAAUUGCGCCGUGACCGUUCUACAUCCCGUACGCGUAAUAAAUCUAAGCGUGGUGAUGAAGCAGAUAAGUCUGAUGAUAAGACAGGCUACUGCUACAUUCACCCGUCCCUGCGCGAUAAAAAUACGCCUUUCGAAUUAAAACUUUUCGCAGCUAAUAAUACUGUAAUCGAUACGUUCGGCGAGCGUCUUCUUACUCUAGAUCUAGGCUUGCGGCGUCCUAUCGUGUGGAAUGUUCGCGUAGCGAACGUGCCCUUUGCGAUCCUCGGUGCAGACGUGUUGACGCAUUAUAAGCUUAUUGUCAACCUGCACAAGCGUCGUCUGGUCGACAGCGUUACCUCGUUGUCAUCGACCGGACAGUUACUGGCUGUACCAGAAAUUAAAAUAUCCUUGGUCAGUCACGAUAAUAAAUUUGCGGACAUACUUUCGGGAUUCCCUGAGGUUUCCAGGAGCGGUCAGGCGCUUUCGCCUGCCGCAUGUGCUGUCGAACACCAUAUCGCGACUAGCGGUUCUCCCGUCGCGGAACGACCACGCCGGUUACCCCCCGAUAAGUUAAAGGCAGCGAAGGCUGAAAUUAAAAGGCUGACUGAGUUAGGCAUUUGUAGGCCGUCCAGCAGUCCUUGGGCUAGUCCAAUCCACCUCGUCCGCAAGGGUAACGGUGACUGGCGGCUUUGCGGCGACUAUCGUCGUUUGAAUGCCGUCACAAUUCCGGAUAAGUAUCCGAUACCGUACCUUCACGAUUUUACCUCUAAUCUACUAGGUAAAUCGGUUUUCUCGUCCCUUGAUCUUUUCAAGGCGUACCACCAAAUUCCCAUGGCAAAGGCCGAUAUACCGAAGACGGCCGUUAUAACGCCGUUCGGUCUUUUCGAAUUCGUCUCUAUGACAUUCGGUCUUCGGAAUGCCGCUCAGACCUUUCAGCGGUAUAUCCAUCAUGCCCUGCGGGAUCUCGAUUUUGCAUUCGCUUAUAUUGAUGAUAUUCUUAUAGCAUCCUCUUCUAUGGAGGAGCAUAGGAAGCAUCUAGCAUGGUGUUUCAAAAACUAA